AUUGGAGAAUAUGAGUGCCAGUCUGAGAAUCCCGUGUGUGAUUGGAUGUGGUAUUGGAGGGCAGAGCCCAGAACUGGAUAAUAAGGGCUGAGAAUCACUUCCCCUCUUGUCAGAAGCCGCCCCCAGACCCUUGUAUGUUUUAAGCUAGGGCUCCUUCUGAGCUCCAUAACAGGCCAACCAACUGGGGCCGGCCCUUAAGGCAUCCUGGUCCCACGCCCAGCCUGUAGACCCUCAUAGUGUGACCUCUGAACCCUGGUGUUGAUCUUGGGGCCAGCCCCUGGUGUGGGCUGAGGGGGCCGCCAUGGAGCUGGGCAGCUGCUUCAAGACCUACGAGGACUUCAAGGAGUGCUUCAGCGCCUAUAAAAAGGAGAACAGGUGCUCCUUCACUCUCAGGGACUGCGUCUCCGUCCGCUUCCACAACCUCAACCGUGGCACCUCCAUCCGCGAGGACAUCCUAUAUGUGCAGGUGAAAUUUGUCUGUAUUCAGACCCAAUCAAACACGAAGAGAACACCCAAGGCGGACAUGUGCCCAGCGUACUUGCUUCUGCGGUACAAUGAGAAACUGGAUAGACUGUUUAUCAGUGAACUCAACACCCAGCAUAUACAUGUUGACUCCAAAACUACGGGUCCUGGAGAAGACACUGCUAGCAAUUCUAACAGGACGCUGUGCCUGCAGAACCCCCAGCCUGUGCAGCCCACAAUCAAAAAAGACCUUGAAACUGCCAAGAAGUCCCCAGUGGAACCAUCAUUUGGCUUAGGUAAGGUUCAAGCACCCUCCAAGCCAGAGCAGGAGGUUAUCAAGUCUUCUGACCUGACCAAGAUAGCAAAGGUGAUGAAGAACUUUCUUAAGGUCAAUAAGGGUUCCAUGGCCUCCCUCAGUGUGGGCAACAGCCAAGACCUAGACCGGCUCAGCUUUCAGAGCAGCAAGAUGAGUGAUUUGUUCAUCCGCUUCCCAGAAAAUCUCCUGCUGCACAGGGUGGAGAACACCCAGGGCCACAUCCUGUAUGCCUUCUUGGUGGAAAACAAAGAACGAGAAGGUCGAGUAGUACACUUUGCUGUGCUUAAGACUGAGACAACCACCUCCGUGGCCAAGAUGCUGAGUAUCUUCACAGAGUUCAACUCAGAUUGGCCCAAGGUCAAGGUGGUCUUUGUGGACCCGUCCUUCCCUCAUCGAGGCAUCCUGCAGGAAAUCUUCCCUGCUGCCCGUAUCCUCCUUUCCAUCUACCACACAACCCGACUCUUAGAGAAGAAGUUGCAUCGUAGUUCAGCCAAUCCAUCCUUUAAAUGGCUCAUGAAAGAAGCCCUGCGGAAGGCUGUAUUUGUCACUUCUGAUGCCAGCCUGCAAAAUCUCUGUCAGAUGUCCCAAGCCCUACUAGAUGAGGGGCUCUUCAGCUUCCUGCAGACCCACUGGUUCUCCUGUGAACUGCUGUGGUACAUGCAUGUUAGGAAAGGCCUGCACGCAUGUAACACAUACAUGGACAGCCUAGACGUUGUCACCAGCAAGGUGUCAAGCCUCUUUCGGGAGCAGCAGUCCCUACUGGACUGUAUCCUGCGCUUUGUGGAUUAUAUAGACUUCUUUAAUAUCAAAGGCUUGAAGAACUUGCCUACAGCUCCUCUCAGGUUAAAGAGAGCCCGGCCAGCAAGCAUGCCACCAAAGUCUAAGAAAGCUUUUUCAAUCUGUGGAGAGAGGCUUCUCAGGCUCCCUGUGGAAGAGACAAAGCCAGAGCAGGUGCAGUUACAGCAGCAGCCACAGGUGCAGGCCUCCCAGGGUGGCAUGCUGGACACAUUGCAGCAGAGUGGCUCUGCACUGGCCUAUAAGCUGUGCCACAGUGAGUGGGAGGUGGUUCAGAACUCCACGCACUUACUGGACAUUGCUGGCUCCUCAGUGGACAUUCAGCUGCUAGAGGAUUCUCAUCAGGUUAGCAAAGACGGCUGUAGCUGCAGCUGCUCCUUUCAACAGUGGUACCACCUGCCAUGCCGGCAUAUUCUGGCCCUGCUGUACACCAGCCAGAGGCCCGUGGGGGAAGCCAUGGUGUGCCGCCGGUGGCAGAAGAGGUACCAGCACCUCCUUGGGCCCAGUGGGGAGCUCCAGGACCCUGUCGUGCUCCCAAACGCAGGCCAGCCUGGGAAGCAAGGACGGAACAACAUGAUUCAGGACCUAAGCCGGGAGCUAGCAAACCUGCUAAUGCAGAGUGAGGGGCCAGAGCUGGAGGAACGCUGUUCCACCUUACGCAAGAUUGUGGAUAUCUGGGCUGACCCCUGCCAGCCGCCUGAGCCCAAUCAGCAGCCAGGGGACUUCAAGGAUGUGGGCUGCCUCCCUUUCCUCUGGGGAAAGCAGGAGGAAGGGGAGGGACUCCCUCUUGCUGGAGCCACACUUCGUGAUUGAAGCUCUCAUGCUGGUGCAUUGGGCCACAAACCCCUUUCCUUGUAAAUCUGAGAGCUCAAAGUGGGCAGAGCUUGCUAGGGAUCUGUCUGCAUUUUAAUCAGUCUUCCCAGGUAGGGCUAGGAGGAUUGUUACAAUAGGGAGAAGAGGAUCCCCACGGAGUGACAGUCCUUUAAAUCUGCCUCUUUUCUGCCCUACCUUUGUCAUUCCUUGGGAGCCUCAUUCAUUGUUCAAGGCCAAAGUUAUCUCAGUGCUGAAAGGUCACCCCUCUUUCUCCCCCAACUCCUGAGAUCAGAUCUUACUCACUUUAUGUAGAUAAGCUCUCUGUUCCAGGAUAAGGUGAGAUGAAAUGGACCUGACAAAGGGGCCUGUUUGUGGGGACAAAGGAAAGGAGGGCGAUCCUUUGGCUAUUGCUGCUAUUUACAAAGAAUCUGUUAUUUGGACUUAAUUUUUAUUCAUAUUAAAUAAAGUUUGUUUUUAAUAAAAUCAAGUAAGUUGAGGAAAUGUAGGGUGCUUGAAUAGGGAGGGAAUGUAAUGGGGGUUGAGGAGCCAAACAUCCUGAUGCCUCAAGUUCAAAGACUUAACAGUUCACCACAUACUCCACCCUCUUCCUGCUAUCCAAGACGUCAACACUGAUUUCAGGCUGCCUUGUAUUCUGGCAGGUGGAGGCCAAAUAGACUGGGAGGGAAGAACCUGAAUCCUAGAGUUGACUGCCCCAAAAUUGCUGGGGGACUAUGGGCAAGUCCCUAUUUCUCUGUUUUCCUCAUCUGUAAAAAUAAGUGUGUUGCUGCUUCUAUUCUUAAUUUCCCCUGGAGGUUUAUAUAAACUGAACAUUUUCAUUGCAGUUAUAAGUACUUGUUGCUGGUUUGUAAUCUUAAUCCUCUAAAGCCACCCAGUUUUCCAAGAUGUGUUUUUUAGGGGAACUGAGGUCAAAAGAUGUCAGGCGGUCUUGGUUCUUGAGCCAAUUCACAGUGACCUAAAACAAGUCACUGUGCCAUUCUGGAUCUCUUUUGGGAAAUACUGGAGGGGGUUGGGCUGGGCAACAGCUCCCUCAAGAUCUGGAUUUCCUCCACUCCUAGAGUUGAGCCCCUCACCGCUAAUGGAGAGCCAGGGAGACCUGGGACUUCGUUUGCCCAUAAGGCGGAAGACGCAGUACAACUACCUAGGCCCCUUUUCCUACCCCGCUAGAAUCAGAUUUGACCAGAAAGGGGGGAAAAAACCCGUAUUUAUUUUGCUUUUCAUUUUCGGCCCAUGAGGGAGUUUUCAUAGCAACACGCCGUUCCAGGGGCCGCUCCUGGAUGCAAAUGUCCUCAGGUUCUCGUUGGUUAUCGCCAGAGCCUCGUAACCAUGGUAGCAGCUCCCGCCCAUGAGCUGCUGAACUGCGAUUGGUCUGUGCUCCAAA